AUGAAAUUCAUUGAAGCAGAGUUGAUGCAAAACCUCUUCCUCGUUGGCGGUGGUCCAUCGUCGAACACAUGUCCAAGAUGGGCGCCACACUGGGCGCAGGUCACCUCGGUCCGUACCCUACCUGGUUGGGAUAUUAGGAGUAAAAGGUUUGCACCCACUAUUUGGAGGAGGGAAGGAACAGGAGGACCACAAAGAGUUUGCUGGGUUUCCGCCACCGGAGACUCUGCGGGGGUAUUUUGGAAGGCAGAUGGGGGUGGUGGAGGAGGCCCGGUAGGUUCCGGAAGCGUGGGGGCGGCGAGUUUGGGUGUCACCGGUCGGUGGAGCGGAUACCAAAUAUCUUCCUGCCCAUUUGGCACAAAAUACACUUACGAAGCUGCGAAGGCAGCGUUGGGAGACAAAGAAAGACAUCGUCAAAAGGGUAAUUUACCUCCAUGGCAGUCAACAGAAAUAGAAGAAUUUAUGGCGAAAAAGAAGCAGUCUUAUAGAAAAUGGAUGAUAACAACAGAUGUGCCUGACAGUGAAGAGCACUGCAGGUAUAGAGGAGAAUCUCAAAGAGCGAUGGAAAAAGCAAGAGACAGAGUAUGGAAAAACGCAUGCGCAGAAUACUAG